GCUAAUCCUUUUUAGUACUUUUACAUUACACUCCACUCCAAUAUCCAACUCAAAACACAUCCCAAAAAAGUGAAAGAAACCCUCCUCAAAAACAGAAUAACCAAUGCUUACCUUUUGCCGAUGAGCACCAUGGCCUUCUCUCCCUCGUUGUCUUUUUGAAGUUCUAGGGUUCUAAAUGCCGCUUCUUUUCAGAAAUUAAAUCUCUAUCUGCGCAUCUCGUGCUUACGUAAACUUAAAGAACGAAAAAGAAGUAAGUUGAAUGCUUUUGGGGAUUGAUGAUAUGAUGAUGAGAAAUUCAGAAAUGAAGAUUUAUGUGGUUGCUAUUUUGGGUUUAUUGAUAAUUUCUUCCACACGAAAUUGUUUCGGGUUUACUGAUCCUGGUGAUAUUUUAGCCAUAAAUAGCCUAUACGCCGCCCUCGGUUUCCCUCCUCUUCUGGGAUGGUUGCUCGCAGGAGGAGACCCAUGUUUAGAAGGUUGGCAAGGUGUUCAAUGCGUCAAUUCCAACAUAACAGGAAUAGUCCUUAACGAUGCUAAUUUGGGAGGUGAACUCGGUGAGAAUUUGGGAGCUUUUGCUUCAAUCAUACAAAUAGAUUUGAGCAAUAACCACAUUGGAGGCAAUAUUCCAUCUGAUUUGCCAAUUACCCUCAAGACAUUCUUUCUCUCUGGGAACCAACUUAAGGGAAGCAUACCAGAGUCAUUGUCUACUUUAGGCCAAUUGACAGAUUUGUCUUUGAACAACAACCAUUUGAGUGGAGUCAUUCCAGAUUCCUUUCAACAACUUAUGGCAUUGAGUAAUUUGGACUUGUCUCGCAACAAUCUAAGUGGCCCUCUGCCUCCUUCAAUGGUGAACUUGUCAUCAAUUUCCACUUUGCAUUUAGAGGACAAUUAUCUCACCGGGGUACUCGAUGUGUUGCAAGAUCUUCCACUUAUUGAUUUGGAUAUCGAGAAUAAUCUUUUCUCUGGGCCAAUCCCACCGAAAUUGUUGAACAUUCCAAAUUUCAGAAACAAAGGAAACCCUUUUAAUACAACCAUUAUUCCUUCGCCACCUCUCUCAUCUCCUUCACCAUCAUCACCAUUCCCCCCUCAAACUCCGGAAACAAGCUCCGGAAUUGAAGCACUUGGACCUUCUUCUCCAAAGCUACCACACGAUUCGGAAAAGUCAAGUAUCAAAGUUAGUGAUCAUAUCAAGUCUUCCUCAAAUCCACCUCAUCUUAAAGAGAAUGAAGCUCAAAGGAAUGAUAAUGGAAGAAAUAACUUAUUGCCAAUAUCCAAUGUGAAAGAAAAGAAAAAGGAAACCAUUUCCAAGAAUCCAACACCUCCUCAACUUCUUUCAAGAGAAAGUGUCAUUGUAAAAUCGUUGGUGAUUCCAACAAACACAAAUGGGAACACUUCAAGAAACAUAAAUUCUCCCAAAUCUUUCUCAAUUGCUUCUCUUCAACAAUAUACGAAUAGCUUUUCUCAAGAAAAUCUUAUUGGUAGAGGCGUACAUGGCCCAGUUUACAAAGCCCAACUCCCUAAUGGAAAGGCAUUUGUAGUAAGAAAAUUGGAGAAUAUAUCUUUGAGGCAAUGGAGUGAUGAAGAUUUCAUGGGUAUGGUGUCGAAUGUCUCAAAACUUCAAAAUGAAAAUAUAGUUGGACUCGAAGGUUAUUGUAUAGAACAUGGACAAAGGCUUUUUGUCUAUGAAUAUUGUAAAAACGGGACGUUACAUGAAGCAUUGCAUCUUGAUGAUGAGAUUCAUGAAAAACUUUCAUGGAAUGCUCGUGUACAUUUGGCACUUCAAGCAGCAAAAGCAUUGGAGUAUUUGCAUGAGGUUUGUCAACCGAUUGUUGCACAUAAAAACUUCAAGUCAACAAAUAUUCUUCUUGAUGAAGAGCUUAAUGUACGUGUUUCGGAUUGUGGUUUGGCCCCACUACUACCAUCAAGCCACAUUAGUAAGUUGCAAGCGUCCGGAUACGGUGCCCCGGAAUUGGAAUCGGGAAGUUAUACUUAUCAAAGUGAUGUUUAUAGCUUCGGAAUUGUGAUGUUGGAACUUCUCACGGGUCGAAAAGCUCAUGACAGGACAAAACCUCGUGGGGAGCAAUUUUUAGUAAGAUGGGCAGUUCCUCGUCUUCAUGAUAUAGAAGCGUUAUCAAGAAUGGUUGACCCAUCUCUUGAUGCCACGUAUACAUCCAAGUCUUUAUCUCGAUUUGCAGAUAUUAUUUCUCUUUGUGUUCAGGCCGAACCCGAGUUUAGACCACCAAUGUCAGAAAUUGUACAAAAUCUCUUGCAAAUGACCAAGAUGAACCAUUGAAUUUUUGAAUUGAUGUUUCUUAAGGUUGUUGCCUUAUUGGUGUGCUAAAUUCUUCAUAGAAUUUAGCUAAUCUUGUCUUGAUUCGAUUUGUUAGUUAAAUUUGUUGGUUGUGUUUGUGUAAAAAAUAUGUUUUGCUUUGGGUUUAUGAUGAUGGUGGAUAUUGGAUUGUGGGUGGACUAGCGAAUGGCGAUGCACUGGUGGUGGUGGUUGUUCAUAUGGUUGUAGUUCAUUCAUUGGAUGGGUGUAAGAUUUUUCUUGAAUGACUAAAUACCUUUCUUGAUUUAGUGUC